AUGCCGAAAAACCGCAGUGAUUCUGAAAGUAGUGACGAUGGUCCUCUUAUGAAUGACAAUACAGGAGAAACAUUAAAUUUUGAAUUUGAAGCUUAUCCUAUUGAAGAAAAUAAUGUAAUUGGCAUAAAUAAUUUGUUGACGCAGAUUUUUAUUAAUAGCAAUUAUUUAAAUAUUGAAGAACUAGCAAAGCAUAUUACAAAAAAUUGUAAAGAUUAUGGUCAUGUUAUUGAAUUAGCAGAAGAAGCUGUGACUGAUGAAGAAGACACUGAGAUGGUAUUUGCUUUUUCUACUAUUUUAAAUUUGUCAACUGAAGAUGACAUUGUUAAAAAAGUUAAAGAUUUUAUUCAUUUAAAGUUGACGUCAAAAGGAACCUUGAUAAAAGAAGGAAUGAAAGAAAAAUUUCUUAAUGUUAUAAAAAAUCAUGACAAAAGCUUAGGAUUAUAUUUUAAUGAAAGAUGGUUAAAUAUGCCUCAACAAUUGGCUGUAUCUAGUCUUCAAAAUUUAGUUUCUGAAACUGAUAAGAUAAGAACAUUUAAAGAUAUAUAUUUGGUAUCUUUCUUAAAAAUUUACAUCAAUGAAAAUGAUGGUGGCAAGGGAAAUGAUUCAAAUGUCAUAUAUGCAAAUACGGAAGAAAAGUAUAUAUUUGAUAUUGUUAAACAAUACCCAUAUUUUGACUACCCUGUUUAUUCAGAGAUAGAUUCAGAAUCUAAAUUCGCUUCUAAAGUUGUUAAUGGAAAAACAUAUAAACCAUACAGACGUGUUAUUUCAUUUCCAUAUUCUGUUAUUCAUGAUUUAAUUCCUGUUAUUCAGAUUCAAGAAUUUUAA